GGUAAAUCAAGGUUUAAGGGACAUGCCCGCGGCCUGUGCGGUCUUGGUUUAAGAUACAUGCCCGCGGCCUGUGCGGUCUAGGUUUAAGAUACAUGCCCGCGGCCUGUGCGGUCUUGGUUUAAGGGACAUGCCCGCGGCCGAUGCGGUCUUGGUUUAGGGGACAUGCCCGCGGCCUGUGCGGUCUUGGUUUAAAGGACACGCCCGCGGCCUGUGCGGUCUUGCUUUGCGCUUCCACAGUGGCCCGGAUUUUGAGCAUGCGCCCAAGUGAUUUUGAAAUCGCCACCCUCAACUUUACUUUUCUUUCUUUCCCUCUGCGCUAAAGCUAAUUGACAAUGGGAAGAUUUGCAGCUUGUAUUCUUGUUCUUUACGCCUUUACUGGCUUCACGGGAACGUCCGACGGGAGAAGCUGCCCGAGGCCCGCCGACCCCUGCUCAGCAGCGAACUACAUCCCGAUUAAAGACCCGCAUAGAAGCACAAAAUACAGAUACAAAAGACCGCAGCCCGCCUUGUGCGACUACCUCCUUCAGCCCGGAUGGUAUCGGUUCACUAGCAGUGUCGGCGGCGAGAUCCCGACCACUAAGCCCGAGCCGAACAUGUGUGGAACCUUCGCGCCGAUAUGGAUGAGGGGGACCCACCCAGACACGAUUGGGGUAACCAAGGAAACUACCGCGUGCGUUAACGUCAAUAACAGGAACAACGGCUGCUUCCGUUCUAUUGACAUGUGCGUGGAGAUGUGCAGCGGAGGGUACUAUGUCUACUAUCUUCGACCUCCUUAUGGGUGCUCAAUGGCGUACUGCGCAGGCGAUGGAAUACCCUGCGACGAAGGCUUCAGUGGACCAAAUUGCACAGCUGACGUGAAAGCCGUUUUCCCGAGUUCUCUGGUCCCCAAGCCAAAUGUGGAGCCCUUGACUACUGGCGACAGGGACCUAUUCAUGGUGUGCAACUUCACCUUUCCUCUGUGGAGUAACGUCUCCUUCAACAUCGAGUGGUACGAUGGUCCAACACUGAGUAGUAAUAUGACGUCUUGCAGGAACAAAGGAGAAAAUUGUGUUUAUGACCCCCUGCAAAGUCGGAUCAGGCCUAAACUAGGGAGCACGACCACCUGUCGGCUAAGGAUGAAGUAUAACACGCAUUUGGGUAACAAAUGGACCAGGCAGAAGUACAGUGAUCCCUAUUAUAUUGGGAUAGAGGUUCAUCCAAGACACAUUUUGACGAAAGAGUGCGACAAGCCAUUUGACAUCACCCUCAGGACCACAGUACCGAUACACAUCUUGCCCCACCCUCUCCUCCCAAUCAAGAUAUUCGCUACACUGCUCACAACUAACAAUGUGGGCAUUUUUGAUAACUGCCAAGUCGCGUUCUCACACGGUGAUGACGUAGGGACCACAUACAAUGUCCGAGUACGAAGUGUCUGUGAUACGCUGAUAGACGGGCAGUCCCGUGUGGUGCAUAUUUUAUUCAAAGGUCCUUCUGACUCACUUCCUAGUUUGAUUUGGGAUGACUAUAUCUUGCCGCGUGUACGGGUCACAGUAGAACAGACAGAGAAUCGUGAAUGUCGAACUUAUAACGACCCUCACUUUAGCACAUUUGACGGAAAGUAUUACCCUUUUUUACACCACGGUGACUACGUGCUGUUCCAAGAUAAUGACCACCACACCGAGGUGCACACGCGCCUGUGGACGUGCUGGGAUAGUAGCGCCUCCUGUAACUGCGGAGUAGCAAUACGGGAGAGAAAUGACGUGAUGAUUCUGUCAAUCUGCAACUCCCAAUUGCAACACCAAGCCAAUACUCCCAUACCAAUGACCUUCCGUGUACCAAGCGGACAUCUACCAAACGGAACACACAUUUACAGGCAGAUCUCUGGCACCCAAGUAACGCAUACUGUACUUCUCCCUUCUGGCACGAAGGUCGAGGUCAUAAGGUUGGACUGGGGAAUGAAUAUCAAAGUGAAUGCUUUCAAGAACUCAAACAGCAUUCGCGGACUCUGUGGAAACAUGAAUGGUGACUCAAACGACGAGUUUCAACACGGAGGCGAUGGCCAUUCACAUGCGGAUGCGACAAGAUUUGGACUAAGUUGGAGAAAGCAACCGCAUGAAAGCUACUUCCAUAUUCUGCCGUCCAACCAUCUCCCAGACCAGAUCAUGGAGAAAACGUUCUGUGCAUGCGGAGAAACUAGAGUGGAGGAUUGUAAACCACUCUUGGAAAUCAUCUACCCACAGAACCCCCCAGGGGUGGAGGUACCUCCAGACCAGUUUGAAGGGCAGGGUGAGACGUACAGUGAUUUCAGCAUGGACCAGCAGGACGCUGACUAUUUCACAGACGAACACAAUGAAAGAUACGCUAAGAGCAGGAUCCGAGCCAGACGAAGUAUCGAGAUGGAUAGGAUGACAAGACAAAAUGCGACACGCCUCUGCAAAACACUCAUCGAAGACACUGUCGUCGGAAAGAGUUGCAGUGCUUUGCCGAAUGUGGAUGCCGCAUCGACUUUGCAGAGCUGCAUUUUUGAUCUCAUGGUCACAGGAAAUGCCGGUUUCGCUGUGUCGGCCCUGGAAUCAUUGAAGAGCGGGUGCCAAGACGAGGCUUACAACAACCUGACGCUCUACACCAAGGAUGCUGAGGGCAACCCAUCGGAGCCCCCCGCAGAUAUCGUAGAAAACCUUUGCCCUAACGAGUGCAGUAACCAUGGCAACUGCUCAAACAGCACUUGUAUCUGCGAAGAAGGUUUCACAUCACUAGACUGCUCCUUGUCAAUCAAUACAGUACCAGAACUUCUAGGGAUUCACGAUGGGGGUCUGUGUGACAUUAGAAGGAGGCCAUGCAAGAAGACCAACAUCUUUGGUGAUGGAUUUAUACCUUCAGAGAAUCUCACAUGUCACGCAACCGAAUUCAAGGUGUAUGGCAACAACUGGACACCAAACUCAUCACCACACGAGCUACAAGGCGAACAGUUUGACUUAUUUGGGGUCAAAUGCAGCCUUCCGGACCCUCCAACGAAGAUAGGGGACUACGAUAAUCCCGGGACCCCCGCGGGAGGACUGUACAUUAGGAUCUCCAACAACAAGAUCGACGCCAGUCUGGAGAAGAUGAGGUUUAUAUCGUACGACUCCGUCUGUAUGAGGUGCAGCAAGACAGGCACUUGUGUCCUCAGGCAAGACUCCUGCUUGAUCAAUGGCCACUGUUUUGCGCAAAACGAUGCUAAACCGAACCAGUGGUGUCGUCAAUGCCAGCCAGAUACCAGCCAAUUUACAUGGAGUCGGCGUAAAGUUAAUUCCCCGCCUGUUUUCACCACACUUCCAGUUCAAUUCGCAUUAGUUGGAGAGAUGUUUUCGCUUCAGAUUGAAGCUCUGGAUCCAGAUAACCGUCGCGUUACGUACUCCCUUGCCAACACCGACGCGCAGGGCUACGUGUUCACGCCAGAUGGACAACUGAACAUCACCAUGACAACCUCCGACAGCAAGACGUUCAAAUUCGUAGCCACCGAUGAGUGCAACGCCAGCGAUACAACGACAGUUACUGUAAAGGCGAUGGAGUGCCCGUGCCAACACGGGGGAACAUGCCAUCCCCACCCCUACCACCCACGGGGAUCUGGCCAGUACGAGUGCGCCUGCCCUGCGGGAUUCAACGGAAGCCGAUGUGAAAGUGACAUUGAUGAUUGCCAAUCUAGCCUUUGUGUCAACGGAACAUGUAUCGAUGGAAUAAACAACUACACUUGCCGAUGUCACGUGGGCUAUAAAGGCGCCCUAUGUGAUGAGAAAGAGCGCAUUUGUGGCGAAGACACGUGUUACCCAGGAGUUAAGUGCAGAGAAAUCCCGGAUGGUGUGUUGUGUCGAUCGUGUCCUGACGGUCUUAUUGGCGACGGGAAGACGUGUAUAGCCCCUGUAACAACAACUCGACCACAGAGCACACAAGACCGUGACCACACGAAUGCUCAAGAGAGUACACCAUCUGGUCCUACGACACAAACUCCUACCGAUACUCUUCCAGGCAUGGGUAAAAAGCCAGCCAAGCAGGCCUCAGGCAUUGUUACCAUAGUAACCAUAGUUUCUGCUUGCUCCGCGGGUGGCCUCAUAAUCAUCGGUCUCAUCUCCUGGCGCGUGCGCAAAUACAUGGAAAACAGAAAACGGAUUCAUUCCACCGAAGGUAUCAAGGCUGAUGAUGCGGAUCACUGCUAUGACAACCCCAUUGAAAUGACACCGAGGGCGGCAGACUCGGAUCACACUUACGAAGAGGUGGGCCAAUCAUCUACAUACGAGUCCCUGAAGCCUGUCGCGGGCCCCCCACAUGAUGCUGCCAAACAAAAAGAUUAUGUGCAUGCGCAAAGCAACGCAUAUCAGGAGCUUGAGAAGCGCCCUGCGGCGAAUUAUCAAGAUCUGGUCCACUGGAAGUGCUGAACACAAAACUGGCAUACUGAACACUGAACACAGCUAUUCAAACCGCCACACUGAACACAGCUAUAACCAACACAGCAUAGAAUAGUCAGCUAUAGUCACAGCUAUAACCAGCAUGGCAUAGAAUAGUCAGCUAUAGUCACAGCUAUAACAAGCACGGCAUAGAAUAGUCAGCUAUAGUCACA